CGCUCCGGCUGCGCUCCGGCUCCGGCUCCGGCUCCAGCUCUGCCGUGCCCAGACCCGAGGCGAAGGCCACGCUGGCUUGGUGCCGAGUGACCGCGGUGUUUGUGCCUUUAUUGCCCAACCGUAAAUGUUUCUCCUAUAAUUUCGUUCUGCCCUAGAAUCAUGGAGUCAUCAGAGUUGGAGGGAGCCUUUGCGGUCACUCGGUCCGGCCGUGCAGCCGCUGCCGCUGUAGCCCCUGAACCGCAGCACCCGCGUCUGGUCCAGCGCCUCUUGGGCAGCUCCGGGGAUGGGGACUCCAUCCCCGCCCCGGGCAGCCCUUUCCAAAGCCUGACCACACCAAACCAUGAUAAUCUUUGAAUCUCCCCUGUCUCAGCUUGAGGCCACUUCCCCAUGUCCUCCUUCGGCCCAGCAGAAAAGCCCGAUCCCCACCUCACUACAGCAUUUCAGGUGGUUGUGCAGGGCAGUGAGCUCCUCCCAAGUUGUGCCUUUGUGCUGUAUUUAUCCUCCCCAUGGUUGUGCUUUAUUGCCCAACCAUAAAUGCCUUCCCCUCAUAAUUUCGUUCUGUCAUUACAUGUUCAAUUGUUUCCCUGGAGCAGUUCUAAAAAUAGUGGCUGCCAUUAGAACCUACAGGUUUUCCCACUUUCAAAACAGUAUAGUGAGCAAUGAUGUAAAUCCAUACAGCAUUUACAAAAUUGAUUGGAUUCUGGAGUCUUGGUAUCUUUAAAAAAACACCAAAAAACGCACAUGCUGCACAGAUGGGCAACACUCAGGUUUCCAAGGAAAUUCCUCACUUCUGUCAUGUAAGACGCAAUGAUGAGCUCCAACUACCUAUUUUAUAUGUUAUAGUUGAAGGGAUGCAUUUUAUGCCCUACAAAUUGGUGAUGCUGGUACCAUGUGUUCAGCAUGGCGCUGCCCAGAAGAGCUCUAGACAUUUCUCAGGGCCAAAACUACCUGUUUGCAGUGACAUUUGCUAACCUACAUUCAUAAUAUGCUUAAUAUGCUUUAUAAUCCUGCUUUCUGCUAACUUGUCCUGCAAGGAGGAGAAUUAUGUGGGUUUUCAUUUGUAUGGUUCUAUUAAUUUGAUAAAAAACUCUGCUGUGUUUCUCAGCAGUCAUAAUUUGGCUUUGCUAGAGUUAAACCCCAUUAGUAAGUACUUUUCUGCUGAAGCAAAGAUAGAGACAGUCUUGGAAAAAGGGGUUUCUUUGCAGCUGCCUCUGAGAUUAAAAGUACUGGGCAGUUGUUUCUUUUAAAAAACAAUAGUUUACUUGGGCACCAAAAACCUUUUCUUGCCAUGCUAAAUAUAAGGGGAUAGGCUUUAUUUUCACAAGUCUAAAAUACCCAGUGUAGCUCUGAAGCCUGAGGUGGAAAAAAAGGCCUUCUAUUUUCUUCCCUGAGGAAAAGAGUUAUGCAGAGAAUGUGUGAGCAGAUAAUAGACUAAUUCAAACCUUCAGACCAGAUGUCUUCAGAAUCAUACUAUCACUCAAAUUAAAGCAGAAACAAACAUUUGGGACUGACGUAGCUCCUUCAAAUAGGCAAAUGCCUCAGUCAGGGUUGCUCAUUUUGGAACAGACUGAGAGAAAGCAGAAUCAAAAUGAAGAAGUUUCUUGUGUUUGUCUCCUUUUUGGUCCUGCUGACCACUGUUACAGACACUUCACCAAUUUUGUCUGAAAAAGAUGCCAAACAGAUGCUGAGGACUCGUCGUGAAGACAGACCAAGAAAAGCUGGUUUCCCUGAUGAACCAAUGAGGGAGUAUAUGCUUUACCUCCAGCACUUGGAGCAGAGAUCAGAAGAACAAUUCCUUGAACACUGGCUGAAUCCUCAUUGCCUCCCACACUGCAACAGGGAUCUGGUGCAUCCAAUCUAAUGGGCUUGCCUACCCUGCAACUGAUCUCCACAUGGAUUUGUACGUGAUUGUAUUAAGGAGGACAAGAUUAUUCCUGCAUUGGCUACGUGCUCAUUGUAGAGCAGAACCUCUCUGCACUGCAGUGCAAUCCUCAUGUACAGCAGAAUUUCCAGCUCUAAGUGGCUCGAUGAGUUAUAAACCACCAUGUAUUUUCUACCAGCAAUGCUUGCAUGCAUGAAUAACUGAAUUGAGGGUUUCCACAGUUUCUGAGCUAUGGGCAGCUUAUUAGUCCUAAAGUAUCCUUUCAAGGGCACAGGUUUAGACUGUCUGAAGCAAAAGGAACUUGGAGAGACAGGUAAACAGAAAAUUGCAGAAUACCAACAUGAAGAGAAGGCCAGCUUUCUGGGCUUUGGAGGAAUCCUUAAUUACUGUUUUCUAGGUUAAAUAACAAUAUUUCAUGAAGAAACAACAUUUAUGUAACACUAUGUCUUACUGCCUGAUGAGUAUUUCAUGUAUUGUUUCAUAAUAAAAGCUUGACACUA